AUGGAGGAGCAGUCCGAGUCAGCCAAGGGGAACACACAGGCAGGAGACGGAGCAGGAGACGGAGCAGGAGACGGAGCAGGAGACGGAGCAGGAGACGGAGCAGGAGACGGAGCAGGAGACAGAGCAGGAGACGGAGCAGGAGACAGAGCAGGAGACGGAGAAGGAGACGGAGCAGGAGACAGAGCAGGAGACAGAGCAGGAGACGGAGCAGGAGACGGAGCAGGAGACGGAGCAGGAGACGGAGCAGGAGACGGAGCAGGAGACGGAGCAGGAGACGGAGCAGGAGACGGAGCAGGAGACGGAGCAGGAGACGGAGCAGGAGACGGAGCAGAGACGGAGCAGGAGACGGAGCAGGAGACGGAGCAGGAGACGGAGCAGGAGACGGAGCAGGAGACGGAGCAGGAGACGGAGCAGGAGACGGAGCAGGAGACGGAGCAGGAGACGGAGCAGGAGACGGAGCAGGAGACGGAGCAGGAGACGGAGCAGGAGACGGAGCAGGAGACGGAGCAGGAGACGGAGCAGGAGACGGAGCAGGAGACGGAGCAGGAGACGGAGCAGGAGACGGAGCAGGAGACGGAGCAGGAGACGGAGCAGGAGACGGAGCAGGAGACGGAGCAGGAGACGGAGCAGGAGACGGAGCAGGAGACGGAGCAGGAGGCGGAGCAGGAGCGGAGCAGAGACGGAGCAGGAGACGGAGCAGGAGACGGAGCAGGAGACGGAGCAGGAGACGGAGCAGGAGACGGAGCAGGAGACGGAGCAGGAGACGGAGCAGGAGACGGAGCUCUGACUCAAGCAGGCACCAUUGUUUUUAGUGCGCUGGCUUGGAACGCCUUAUAUGGGGGAAAAAGGCCUCCUACUCAAUCUGCUCACUUGUGGGCUGCGGUGACGUUCUAA